AUGGUGGCAUCUACACCGCGCCUGAGGAUCAUGCCAGCCCACACUCGCAUGACGAUGUCUACAAUUACUGCUCCAUGCCCCAUCCACGCGCAGAAACCUACUUCUCUGCCAAGUCCGGUCGCGAACAACUCCGUCUCGGCGCGUCUGGUCUAUCUGGAGUAUCUGCAACGUCACCAACGUCGCACACCGUACAAUAUCCUGCCUGGCGGCGAGAACCAGCCUUACAACUGCGACAAAGUCCACGCUCAUCUGUACGCCGCUCCAGCUCAUGGUGUUUCCCCUGCGCAGGUCUACGGGCAGGCCUACUCAGACCCUACCAAUCCAUUCUUAGACUCGUACGUUAACGGGUCAUGCCAAUACCCCCAACUCACCAUCGGGGGCCUACUUGAUGGCUAUCAACACGGUCGGGAUCUUCGCGCCGUCUACGGCGACAAGCUAGGCUUGAUCCCAUCGUCGCUGAACCAUCACACGGACAAAAAAAUCUGGCUACGCACCAGUUCCUCACCAUUAACGCAGAGCUCCGCGGGUGGAGUCCUUCGUGGGAUCUGGCCACACCAUAAAGGUUCUAUCUCGCUACAUCAGCAGGCCUCUGGUAUCGACACGGUCGAUCGUGGGUUUCCCUGUGCUGCGCAGAGUUCACUGCUGUCAACGAUCCAAUCGUCCCCGGAAUGGAAGGAGCAUCUGUCUGUGACGCAGUCGCUGCGGAAUCGUCUCGCUGUGCUCUUUGAUGCCAAUACAUCAAGCUGGAUGUCUACCUUCGAUCACUUCGCCGAUAACUUUCAGGCACGUCUUUGUAAUGGAUACGAGCUGCCCUGUCAGUUGGACGGCUCUGGAUGCGCAACAAUGGACGAUGCGUACACGGUCUUCCGUGCCGGUGACUGGGAAUGGAAUUACUGGUGGCGAUAUAAUGCCAACGCGACGAGAUAUAUCCAGCUUGUAGAGGGGCUGUUCAUCGGUGAGAUAGUGCGGAAGCUGGAGGUGGUGCAGCGGCGGAAUUCCGAACUGGUGUAUAGCCAUACUUUUGUUCAUGAUGGGGAUGGAGACAUCGACGUCGGAACUCUCCGUACUCUAGCCAACCCUACUGAGCCUUCUUUCAACGGCCCGUUCCGUAUCAUCACCACUCUUGGAUCUCGAGUUAUACUUCCCGAGUCUUGGACUUUAUGGGUGAAGAAUUGUCCGGAUCUUGACCAUCCUCAGCUUGUUCGCGAUGAGUAUUUUGUUAAUAUUCCCGGGAUGGAUGGGAAUAGGGCCAUCCAUGGUCCAAGUCAUAUACUCAUUGACGUGGUUAAGACGAAGUUGAAUCAGAGUAGUCGUAUGUUCAACAUUCACACCUACCUGGGUUUUCACUUAAAGUGUACAGAUUGCCGGAUUAUGCACGACAAUAUAUCCGAAAUUUUGAAAAGACGUGGACGAAGGGCACUAGACAUGAUCCAUUUCAUCGCCCGCAUAUCAUCAUGUAUCUUCGUCGGACCUGAGCUAUCUCGCAACCCAGAAUGGCAAGACAUUAUCGUCAACUACACCCUCACAUUCUUCUACAGCGUGCGCGCUCUGCGCCACUGGCCCGGCUUCCUUCGUCCUGUCAUCCACUGGGUAGUACCCGAAUGCCGCAGAGCACGGUACCAAGUCCGUCGAGCCCAUGACAUCCUCACCCCUGUCUUGGAGAGCCGAGCAGCGAUGAAACAAGCCGCAAAUGCCGAAAAUUGCAGUUUGAAAUUCGACGAUAGUAUCGAAUGGAUGGAGGAGGUAGCCAGAGGUCGGUCUUUCGACCCCGUAGCUGCGCAGUUGGGUAUGGCAAUGGGUGCAUUGCAUACUACGACGGAGCUUAUUAAACAGACUAUCUUGGAUAUAUGUAUGCAUUCGGAGCUGAUCCAGACCCUACGAGAGGAAAUUAUGAAUGCGGUCGGGGAAAGUGGAUGGACGACAGCGGGAUUGUUCAAGAUGAAGCUACUUGAUAGUGUCAUCAAGGAGACUCAACGGCUGAAACCUGGUGCUCUAGUGAACCUUGAGCGCAAAACUAUUAAUAAGGUCACUCUCCCGAACGGUAUGGUUCUUCCCUGCGGCACCAGCGUCGCAGUGGAAUGUACCACCUGGUCAGACGCAGAGACGUAUCCCUCUCCUGAGAGGUACGAUGGAUAUAGAUUUUUGAAAAUGCGAGAGCAGGGCGAUACCACGGCGGUUCUAUCGUCAACUAGUCCCAAACAUGUCGCGUUUGGGAUCGGACGGUCGAUUUGUCCUGGGAGAUUCCUCGCAGCCAACGAGGCUAAGAUUGUGGUGGCUAAGAUCUUACUUGAUUAUGAUAUUCGACUGGAGGAGGGGUAUCAGCCUUACGUGGUUCAUUAUGGUUUUGAGAUGUUGAGCGAUCCAUCGGCGAGGGUGGAGGUUAGGAGGCGUUGA